AUGUGCCACAUCCCAGUGUUCUGCUGGAUCUCAGCCACUGUCCUAGAGAAGAUGUUGUGUGGAGCAGAGAGUGGAGAGAUUCCCAAGACUCUCACUCAAAUGUACACACACUUCCUGAUCCUUCAGAUUAACUUUAUACGUGAGAAGGUCUAUGAGAAGAAAGUAAAAGAUAAAGACAUGGUACUCAGACUUGGGAAAUUGGCUUUUCAGCAGCUUGUGAAAGGCAAUCUGAUCUUCUACCAGGAAGAUCUGUGGAAAUGUGGAAUAAUUGAGAGAGAAGCAUCAGUGUACUCAGGAUUGUGCAAUCAGAUCUUCAAAGAGGAGUUUGGGAUGCAGGGGAAAAUCUACUGCUUUAUCCAUCUGAGCGUUCAAGAACAUCUUGCAGCUCUAUAUGUGCACAUAACCUUUAUGAGCUCAAAAGAAAAUGCAUUUGACUUCAUUAAUUCUGAUCUGUUUCUGAUCUCUAAAUUUCUGACCACGUUUAAAGUUUUGGUACUAGGUCAAACUUUACCCAGGGUCGAAUUCUUACACGAAGUGCAUCAGAGAGCUGUGAAUGAAGCCCUGAAGAGCAAAUCUGGACAUUUGGAUCUUUUUCUUCGCUUUCUUCUGGGUCUCUCAUUGGAAUCCAAUCAGACUCUCUUGCAAAGCAUACUGACAAAGACAAAAUGUCACUCUCAUUGCACAGAGGAAACAAUUAAGUACAUCAAGAAGAAAAUCCAGGAGUGUCCUUCUUCAGAAAAAUCAUUCAAUCUGUUCCACUGUCUGAACGAGUUAGGUGAUCGAUCACUAGAAGAGGAAAUCCAACACUACAUGAGCUCUGGAAGUCAAAGGGGCACCAAACUCUCACCUUCACAAUGGUCAGCUUUAGCAUUUGUAUUGCUUUCUUCAGGGCAGGGUUGGUUGGAUGAGUUUGGGUUGAAAAAGUACACUGGUCCACAAAAUACAGCAAAUUAA